CCAAGGGACAAGUAACAAGCUCACCCAGUUGGGCACUUUUGAAGACCACUUUCUGAGCCUCCAGAGGAUGUUCAAUAACUGUGAGGUGGUCCUUGGGAAUUUGGAAAUAACCUACAUGCAAAGUAGUUACAACCUUUCUUUCCUGAAGACCAUCCAGGAGGUUGCUGGCUAUGUACUCAUUGCCCUCAACACAGUGGAGAAGAUUCCUUUGGAAAAGCUGCAGAUCAUCAGAGGAAAUGUGCUCUAUGAAAACACCCAUGCCUUAGCGGUCUUAUCCAACUACGGUGCAAAUAAAACGGGACUGAGGGAGUUGCCCAUGAGAAACUUACAGGAGAUCCUGCAAGGCGCCGUGCGAUUCAGCAACAACCCUGUCCUCUGCAACAUGGACACCGUCCAGUGGAGGGACAUCGUCAACACCGACUUUCUAAGCAAUAUGUCAACUGAAUUUCAGAGCCAGCUGAGCAGAUGCCCAAAGUGUGAUCCAGUCUGUCUUAAUGGAAGCUGCUGGGGUGCGGGGAAGGAGAACUGCCAGAAACUGACCAAAGUCAUCUGUGCCCAGCAGUGUUCCGGGCGCUGCCGCGGCAGGUCCCCCAGCGACUGCUGCCACAGCCAGUGUGCCGCCGGCUGCACAGGGCCACGGGAGAGUGACUGCCUGGUCUGCCGCAGGUUCCGGGACGGUGCCACGUGCAAGGACACAUGCCCGCCACUCAUGCUGUACGACCCCACCACCUACGAGAUGAAAGUCAACCCACUGGGGAAGUAUAGCUUCGGCGCCACCUGUGUCAGGAAGUGCCCCCGUAACUACGUGGUGACGGACCACGGCUCGUGCGUCCGCGCCUGCAGCUCUGACAGCCAGGAGGUGGAGGAGGACGGCGUCCGCAAGUGUAAAAAGUGCGACGGACCUUGUGGCAAAGUUUGUAACGGAAUAGGAAUUGGUGAGUUUAAAGAUACACUUUCCAUAAAUGCUACAAAUAUUAAACACUUCAGAAAUUGCACCUCGAUCAGUGGAGACCUUCAUAUCCUGCCAGUAGCAUUUAAGGGUGAUUCCUUCACACGUACUCCACCUCUGGACCCAAAGGAACUGGACAUUCUAAAAACUGUAAAGGAAAUAACAGGGUUUUUGCUGAUUCAGGCCUGGCCUGCAAACAGGACUGGCCUCCAUGCUUUUGAGAACCUGGAAAUCAUACGUGGCAGGACGAAGCAACAUGGUCAGUUUUCUCUGGCGGUUGUUGGCCUGGAUAUAAUGUCCUUGGGAUUACGCUCCCUCAAGGAGAUAAGUGAUGGAGAUGUGAUCAUUUCAGGAAACCGAAAGUUGUGCUACGCAGAUACAAUAAACUGGAAAAAACUCUUUGGGACCUCAAGUCAGAAAACCAAAAUUAUAAACAACAGGAGUGAAAAAGAGUGCAAGGCCAUGGGCCACGUCUGUAACCCGCUGUGCUCGUCAGAGGGCUGCUGGGGCCCGAAACCCAAAGACUGCGUGUCCUGCCGAAACUUCAGUCGUGGCAAGGAGUGUGUGGAGAAGUGCAACGUUCUAAAGGGAGAGCCCAGGGAGUUCGUUGAGAACUCCGAGUGCGUGCAGUGCCAUCCGGAAUGCCUGCCCCAGGCCAUGAACGUGACCUGCACGGGACACGGACCAGGCAGCUGUGUAAAGUGUGCCCACAACAUCGACGGCCCUCACUGCGUCAAGACCUGCCCUGCUGGAGUCACAGGAGAAAACAGCACCCUGAUCUGGAAGUUUGCAGAUGCCAAUCACGUGUGUCACCUGUGCCACCCCAGCUGCACCUACGGCUGUGCUGGGCCAGGUCUUGAAGGCUGUGCAGUGAGUGGGCCCAGGAUUCCGUCCAUCGCCACCGGGAUCGUGGGCGCCCUGCUGCUGGCCCUGGUGCUGGCCCUGGGGGUCGGCCUCUUUCUGCGCAGGCGCCGCAUCGUCCGCAAGCGCACGCUGCGCCGGCUGCUGCAGGAGCGCGAGCUUGUCGAGCCUCUGACGCCCAGCGGAGAAGCUCCCAACCAAGCUCUCUUGAGGAUCUUAAAGGAGACGGAAUUAAAAAAGGUCAAGGUGCUGGGCUCCGGAGCAUUCGGCACGGUGUACAAGGGACUGUGGAUCCCAGAAGGCGAGAAGGUUAAAAUUCCUGUGGCUAUCAAGGAAUUAAGAGAAGCCACAUCUCCAAAAGCCAACAAGGAAAUUCUUGAUGAAGCCUACGUGAUGGCCAGUGUGGACAAUCCUCACGUGUGCCGCCUCCUGGGCAUCUGCCUGACGUCCACGGUGCAGCUCAUCACGCAGCUCAUGCCCUUCGGCUGCCUGCUGGACUAUGUCCGCGAGCACAAGGACAACAUCGGCUCCCAGCACCUGCUCAACUGGUGCGUGCAGAUCGCAAAGGGCAUGAACUACCUGGAAGACCGGCGCCUGGUGCACCGAGACCUGGCGGCCAGGAAUGUGCUGGUGAAGACGCCGCAGCACGUCAAGAUCACGGAUUUCGGGCUGGCCAAACUGCUGGGCGCUGAGGAGAAAGAAUACCAUGCGGAGGGGGGCAAAGUGCCUAUCAAGUGGAUGGCUUUGGAAUCAAUUUUACACCGAAUUUAUACCCACCAGAGUGACGUCUGGAGCUACGGAGUCACCGUUUGGGAGUUGAUGACCUUUGGGUCCAAGCCUUACGACGGGAUCCCCGCGAGUGAGAUCUCAACCGUCCUGGAGAAGGGAGAACGCCUGCCUCAGCCGCCCAUCUGCACCAUCGACGUCUACAUGAUCAUGGUCAAGUGCUGGAUGAUUGAUGCAGAUAGUCGCCCAAAGUUCCGUGAGUUGAUCAUUGAAUUCUCCAAGAUGGCCCGAGACCCCCAGCGCUACCUUGUCAUCCAGGGGGACGAGAGGAUGCACUUGCCAAGCCCCACGGACUCCAGCUUCUACCGCGCCCUGGUGGAUGAAGAGGACAUGCAGGAUGUUGUGGAUGCGGACGAGUACCUCAUCCCCCAGCAGGGCUUCUUCCACAGCCCCGCCACCUCCCGGACGCCCCUCCUCAGUUCUCUGAGCGCCACCAGCAACACGCCCACUGUGGCUUGCGGUGAUAGAAACGGGAGCUAUCCCCUCCCUGAAGAUAGCUUCUUGCAGCGGUACAGCUCCGACCCCACUGGCACCUUGACCGAGGACAGCAUAGAUGACGCCUUCCUUCCAGCGCCCGAAUACAUAAACCAGUCUAUUCCCAAAAGGCCCGCGGGCUCUGUCCAGAACCCCGUCUAUCACAAUCAGCCUCUAAACCCGGCUCCAGGCAGAGACCCUCACUACCAGAAUUCCCACAGCAAUGCCGUGGACAGCCCUGAGUAUCUCAACACCACCCGUCCCGCCUGCACCAACGGUGUGCUCGACGGCCCUGCCCUCUGGGCACAGAAAGGCGGUCACCAAAUUAGCCUGGACAACCCUGACUACCAGCAGGCCUUCUUUCCCAAGGAAGCCAAGUCAAAUGGCAUCUUUAAGGGUUCUGCCGCUGAAAAUGCAGAAUACCUAAGGGUAGCACCAGCGGGCAGCGACCUUACCGGGGCCUGACCACGGAGAACGGCCUCAGCCCUAAAAAUUCCAGCCCCUUCAGCCCCCAGGACCAAGCCACGGCAGCUACUCGGUCCCGUCAGCCAUACUCACAUUAACUCUUGGACCCAUGGACUGGUUUGGCCACAUCUGCCGUGAUCAGCCCAUCUUUCAGCCAACAAGUGCCCCCGACUUGGAUGCACUUAGGGGAGUUGCAGGGACAUUCCUUUGUCUUCAAACUGUGAGGCUUCCACAAAAGGCAUCCAGAAAGAAUGUUGUCCAUUUGGGCAGAAGUUCACCUUUCAAUGAGGUAUAUUUGAAAAACACUAAAUAUGUUUAAGGAGUUUUAUUGCUUGGGGACCUCUGGGGUUUUGUCAUUGAUUUUGCUCUUAAUGGGCUUGUCCAGUGAGGGACAAUCUUGCUCGUAGCACCUGUGGCACUGAGUUGACCCAGGCCCACCUGUGACCAAGAAGCAAGGGUCAGUCUUCCAG